UUGCAUUCCCUAAGCACGUGUGAAAAUAACUUACGUCAAAUCAUCAGCGUGAAGUCGUAAAUCGAAAAAUCGCAUAAAAUUGAAAUUACAAAAAAUUGAAAAAAUGACAUUAGAGACUCCACCUAGAGACGACGAUGCGAGUCCAAUGAAUGAAGAUGAUGGUUUUAAUGGAGAUGGUUUUGUUGGAGAUGAUUCGGCUGGAGAUUUUGAAAUUGUGGAAGUACUAUCAAUUAAUUCCAAUUCUGAUUCAGAAUCCGAUGAUGAAUGUACCUGUCCUAAAAUAGCUUCAAAACUUACAUUAACUCACAAUGAAUCAGUGUUUUCCGCACAUUUUAGUCCAAAUAAUGAACUAAUUGUAACUGCGUCGCAAGAAGACAAAGCCUGUGUUUGGAAUGCAGAUACCGGUGAGUUAGUUUUUGAAUGUACAGGACAUGAAGAUUCUGUAAUUGAAGCCAAGUUUAACAAUUCUGGAACUUAUGUCGCAACUGGUGAUAUGAAUGGCAGCGUGAAGGUUUGGAAAGUUGAAUCAAAAACAUUACAUGAUGAAAAUACUCCAAUGGGUGAUGAAGUAUCCUGGCUAUUUUGGCAUCCUAUUACAAAUGUUUUGUUUGCAGGAUUUAAAUCGGGUGAUUCGUACAUGUGGCGGCUCCCAAUGACUGAAUUUAAAAUAUUAUUUGGGCGAGGUAGUGAAAAUGUUUGCGGUGCAUUACUUCCAGAUGGUAAACGACUUGCUGUUGGUUACCAUGAUGGAACAGUGACAAUAUUUGAUUUAAAAACUGCAAAAGAAAUAUGUAGUUAUAAAAAACGCCAAGAAGUAGCAGUAACUGCGAUUGAUUGUUAUAGUGAUAAUAAUUUAAUUGCAAUUGGUUACGAAGAUGAGGGCAUUGUAAUUAUCAAAUCUACAAAUGGAAAUGAAGUUGCUGUACUGAAGAAAGAAGAUUUUAAUGCAGAGAAUUAUACGGAAGCUGUUAAAUUUGGAAUAGGACCUACUAGUAAUAUUUUAGCUGCAGCCAAUGGUAGUGAAAUAAAUUUUUGGGAUUUUUCACGACAGUCUUUACGUAAAUCAGUGAAAUUACCAAACGAGCACCCAGCAAGAAUACAAUGGAAUAAAAAUGGUAUUUUGUAUGUGGCAGGUGUCCAUAAAAAUAAUAUUUAUGGUAUUGAUGGCCGAAGUGGUGAAGUGAUCUCAAUAUUUAAAGAACAUACAGAUUCUAUUCUUGAUAUAUGUUUAUCAAAUGAUAAUAAAUUUUUAAUGAGUGCAUCAGAUGAUGGUACCGUUAAAGUAUUUGAUAUAUCUAUAAAUCCAGACGCAAAUAGUAACAGUGCUAGCAGCGACUAAUCUUAUUUUUUUAUAAUUUUGAUUAAAAAAGU